GAUCUACAAAACCAACUUCAGUUCUCUCUUUUUACUUCCGGCACACUGUUCGUUUUCUCUAUCGUUCGCUACCCGUAUUAUUAUUCUCUAUGGCAGACGUCAGUCUCCACGAUGGCCCUGCGCCUUCUGCGCCGUCCCCGCGAGAUGCCGAUGCGCCACGAGCAAGUGCUGAUUCCGCCGGCCACUCGGCGACGCCGGCGAUCUCAGAUGAGCUUAAGGCUCGUAUGGACAAAGUUGUUUACUCAGAUAUCGGCAUCACCACCCUCCUGACCCGGUUGAAACAAAGCGUCGCCUCGGCUAGGGAUUUCUCAACAUUCCUUAAGAAGCGAUCUUCUCUGGAAGAGGAGCAUGCUCAAGGCUUGCGAAAAUUGUCCCGCUCUCUCCUCGAUGCCUCCGUCCGCACCGAUAACCGUCAAGGUACCUAUGGCCAGAGCCAUAAUGACCUGAGUCGAUUUCAUGACCGCAUGGCGGAUCAUGGACUGCAGUUCGCGGUGUCCCUGCAGCAGAUGGCUGAUAAUCUUCAUGAGUUAGCGUCAAAUAUUGAGCGAGGUCGCAAGCAGUGGAAACAAACCGGCCUGAGUGCGGAAAAGAGAGUGCUGGAGGCAGAGGCAGCAGCGGAGAAAGCGAAGGCCAAAUACGAAUCGCUUGCGGAGCAAUACGAUCGGGUAAAGACAGGAGAUAAGCAGGGUGGAAAGUUUGGUCUAAAGGGUCCAAAGUCGGCCGCUCAGCAUGAGGAAGAGCUGUUCCGCAAGGUCCAAAAUGCAGACUCGGAUUAUGCGUCCAAAGUACAAGCGGCCCAAGCGGCCCGGCAGGAGUUGGUUUCCACCCACCGACCUCAAGCUGUGCACAACAUCCAGCAAUUGAUCUCGGAAUGUGACUCUGGCCUUACGUUGCAGAUGCAGAAGUUCGCAACUUUUAACGAGAAACUUCUACUGGGUCAGGGAUUAUCUAUCAGUCCCCUGAAAGAUAGUGCGGGGAAUGCUGCCACCGCACCGAAGAGUCUCUAUGAAGUUAUCCAUCAGAUUGAUAAUGACAAAGACUACCGCGAUUAUGUGCUAAGCCAUCAGAAUAAUCCUGGGGCGGUAACUUCAGAACAGAUUAAGUAUGAACGCCAUCCGACACUUGGAGGUACUACUGGGCCUGUUGUCCCAGCCUCUCAGACUAGUACACAAAACAAACGCAAUUCGUCAAUGUUGCUUCAGUCAUAUUCUCAGCAACAUCUUCCGGCUCAGUCUUCGCAACAGUCUCCCGCACCAGCACCACCAGUUGCAGCCCCCGUUCCAAACACUCCGCAGUCGUCUUACCCGCACAAUCCAGACUCUUACUCAUCCUCAACAUUCCAGCCGCCUUAUCCAGUGAGCGAAGGUCCCGCUGUGCCGGAAAAGCAGCCCUUAAAUCCGCCAUCCCUGGCAGCGGCACCGACCCCGUUGCCACCAGCUGGAGGAACUGGAGGCAACUUCCAGCAGCACCUUCCCCCGUUGAAACCAGUCUUUGGGGUUUCUUUGGAAGAUUUGUAUUUGAGAGAUGGAACCGCCGUUCCAAUGAUUGUGUACCAAUGCUUCCAAGCCAUUGAACUUUUUGGCCUGGAUAUGGAGGGCAUUUAUCGACUUUCCGGAAGUGCGAAUCAUAUCAACCAGAUGAAACAACUUUUUGAUAAUGAUUCAGCGCAGGUCGAUUUCACAACCCCAGAAAACUUUUAUCAUGACGUAAACAGUGUUGCUGGGUUACUCAAGCAGUUCUUUAGAGAUUUGCCUGACCCUCUGUUCACAUCGCAGUCUUAUGCUGACUUCAUCAACGCAGCCCGCAUUGACGAUGAUGUUCAGCGUCGAGACUCACUUCAUGCGCUUGUAAAUAAUCUUCCCGACGCACACUACGCCACACUGAGAGCCUUGACCCUGCAUCUCCAUAAGGUGCAGGAACAUUACACCCAAAACCGUAUGAACGCAGGAAACAUUGCCAUCUGUUUCGGACCUACUCUUAUGGGUGCCAAUUCCGGCGGCAAUGUCGCCGACGCUGGUUGGCAAGUCCGGGUUAUAGAGACGGUUCUUUUGAACACUUUCCAGAUCUUCGAUGAUGAUUAG